ACGAUGCAAAACCAAAAACCGGUACUGCACAUUCUGGUGGUGGGUUUUCAUCACAAGAAAGGAUGUCAGGUCGAGUUUUCCUACCCACCGCUCGUCGACGGUACGGAAGGAAAAAGCGAAUGCCCAUCCGGCUGGAAGUAUCUACCCACGCUUGCCCUACCGGAUGGGUCGCACAACUUUAGCAACGAUUUCGUGUGCUUCAAUCUGCCCAGCCUAACCGAUCCGGAACAGUCCGUGUACGGCAUCUCGUGCUACCGGCAGAUUGCGCUCGAGGAGGUCAAAAUACGGACGGCCGAUCUGACGCGCAGCACGGUACAGAAAUCCGUCUGCACGCUACUGUCCCUGCCGAUCUACGGCUACGUCGAGGUGAAGCUGUCCCUGAUUGCACAAGCAUUCUUCGAGCAGGGUGACUUUUCCUCUACCGACAUACUGGUGAAAGCGUACGAACAGCUAAACGCUUGCCUGACAUCGCUCGAACCGCAGGAAAUUGCAUCGACACGGUUACACUUUGUCGGUGUACCGUUGCGUGAUUUACUGCUGAAAUGGCGACACAAAAUGUUAAUCCUUUUCAAGCUUCUCCUACUACAGAAGCGUGUGGUUUGCUUCGGUUCGCCCGUUCAUCCGACCUGUGCACUCAUCCUGGGCAUUGCCUCUCUGCAUCCGGAAUUAAUCAGCAAAGGUUUUCAACAGGUGGCCUGCGUAAAAACUUCACGACCCAUGUCCCCGAUGCCUACCUUUAGCACGCCCGUUGAGGAACAAGCGAGGGUAGAAAACGUAUCACCCAUUAAACCAAACCUCGAAGUACCGAAGAUUCUAACCGUGCAUCCGGACGAACCGGAUUCGGACCACCAGGAACCGAUAAUCACCGGUCGGGAAGCGGACGAACUGAUCGAUGGCGAUGGUAGAAGCAUCGCUAGUGCUAAGGAAGCACACCUAGACGAAACGACUUCCUCCAGUCCGUCGUCCGCAUCGUCGAUGGACGCGCCCGCCACGGGCAAUCAGCGUCCUGCCGCAGUCCCAACGCUACACCGUGACACAAGCGUCGACACGAUAGCGUCCAACUUCUCCAGCCUGUACGCGAUCGAACCAUCCGAGUGGGGUGCACCGUUGCGCAUCUUUCACGAAGGACAGCUCUGUCUACCGUACAUCUCGCUGCCGUACAUGGACCUGCUGACGGAUCCGUCUGUUAAGGGGUACAUCAUCGGUGCGUCCAACGUGCUGUUCCAGCACAAGCGUCAGCUCGCGGACGUUAUGAUCGACGUCGAGACGGCCAUUAUCGAUGUGCUCGAUCUGGACACGAAGCGUGAGAUUCAGCUCAGUACGGAGGAUUUGCGAUUUGUCGAUUUUGUCGUGCGCCACGUGCAGACACCAAAAGAGGACGCAGAAGGUAGCGAAACGUGGAUACGGGAUCAAUUGUACGGGUAUAUGGUGGCAUUGCUGAAAACUUCUCUCAAUGCAGAUGGUAGCAAAGAGAUUGAACACUUUAACACACACUUUAUGAGCGCAUUUAAAGCGACCCGCUGCUACGGCGAUUGGCUCGAACGAACGGGCGGUGGUGCUGUGCCAGCAUUCGAAGGACUCGUCGGUGGACAUCCGUUCGCCGGAACGCUCUCUGUGGCCGAUAUGAAGCUACGAAUCGCACAAACAAUGCAAAACAGCGAAAGUGGGCGAAAGUUAAAUCAGGCCGUCACAAACACCAGUCGAGCGGUUGGCGGUGCACUAACGACCGCGAAAGGUGCCUUCUCGAGCUGGUGGACAUCCUUCACAGCACCGCCACAAGGUGGACAGCUGUCGCAGCGAACUGACCAGCAUCCGCAAGACACCUCCGAACCCACAUCCGACGAAGAGAACAAUCCAGCGGACCAGAGCGCCACCGAAUCAUCAGCAUCGCUACCGGAAGGUAGUGCACCAACACCGGAAGUGAAACACAUUAUACAAACUGCCGAACUUUCUACCCAACCCGCCACCAACAGUGUGGUCGAAAUUGGACGAGAAGCGGAACUGCUUGACAGGGGGAAAACGCCCGUAACCUGUGGUAACGUUAGUACCGAAACGGGAAGCACCCAUGCUCGGCGCUUAACCUAA